UCGAGCGCUCGGAUUGCCGCAAUCUCGUCAGUCUAGUGAGUCUGGCUAGCGGCCGCAGUUGAACUCACCGACUCUUCUUCUUGCUCUACUUCAGUUUAAUUCUUUUUCCCUUUUUUUUUCCUCCUUUAUUUCCCUUCUUUUUGACUUGCCGUGUCCGUCCAUAUAUCGGCCGCCAGCAAAGGACUAUUAUACACAUCAUCCCUCUUUUCCCACCCCUGUUGACUCUAGCCCGAGUAGAACAGGAAGGAGAAGAUUUCAAGAUUUUUUGAUUUUUGAAUCUUUUAGUCAAGUGUUGUGCGUCACCGAUGUGUGGGUGCAAUUAGAUCUGGAAGACAAGUCUCGUCGAUCGCACAAUCACCCCCCGGUAAAAUAAGCGUCCAGGAAACAAGCGGAACGAAAUGAAAGUGACGUGGUGUUGGUUAGUGUGCGUGUGUUUAGUGGCGGCCGCCCAUCGAGUCUCAUCGGCCGCCGAUAAGAAGAAAGCAGCCGUCAAAGCGGGCUCUGCCGAUGACGAGGAGAAAGUCGAGGCCGUCAUCGAGGAUGUCAAUGCCAAACAACUGGAAAGGCUACUGGACGAGAAAGACUAUGUGGCCGUCUAUUGGUAUGGACGCAACUGCCGGCAGUGCGACAAGGUCUUGCGCGAAUUGGAGAACAUUGACGACGAGACGGACCACUUUGGAGUCCAUUUUGUCAAAAUCAACGACAAGAAGCUCUCUAAGCAGUACAAUGUGAAAACAUAUCCAGCCCUGACUUAUUUCCGCAAUAAGGAACCCAUCGCUUACGAAGGCGACCUUUUGGAUGAGGAGCAAGUUUUGGAAUUCUUGACCAGUCUAGAAGCCAUGGAUUUGCCCGAUCAGAUCGAAGAAGUCAACGCCAAAAUCCUGGAGAAGAUAGUCCACGAUACGGACUACGUCGCCGUUCUAUUCUAUCGGCCGCAGGACAAAAAGAGCGAAAAAGUCCUCCGCGAAUUGGAGAACAUUGACGACGAGGCCGACCAGCUGGGCAUCGCUUUCGUCAAAAUCGCAGACGAGGAACUGGCCGAAGAAUACAGCCUGAGCACUAUGCCCACUUUGGUCUACUACCGCAACAGCAUCCCCGUCAUUUACGAAGGCGAUCUUAUGCGCGAGGAAGACGUGCUGGAAUGGCUGGUACAGAACAAGAACACUGCCAGCGAGGACGAGGACAUGAUCGAGGACGUAACGGCCAAAACCCUCGAAACCCUGACCAGCACAGCUCAACACCUGGCCGUCCUUUUCUACGACCACGACGACAAGGAGUCGCAGCGCAUCCUGGCCGAGUUGGAGAACAUCGACGAUGAGUGUGACCAGAAGGGAAUCGCCUUCGUCAAGAUCGACGACGACCACGUCGCCAGAGAAUACGGCGUCGACAGCCUGCCGACGCUCGUCUACUUUGAGAACAAAAUCCCGAGCCUCUACUUUGGCGAUUUGGCCAACGAGGAAGAGGUGCUGGCCUGGCUGUUUGAGCAACUGGCCUCCGACACGAUUGAAGACAUCACCGAUGAGAUGCUCGACAAACUCAUCAAGAAAUCGUCCCAUCUGGCCGUCCUUUUCUAUGAUAAAGAAGAUAGCCAAUCAUCUGCAGUCGUUGCCGAAUUGGAGAACAUCGAUGACGAAUGCGACCAAAAGGGUAUUUCUUUCGUCAAGAUCGCCAACCCAGAAGAGGCCAAAGAGUACGGAAUCGAUGACGUACCCAGUCUCAUUUACUUUGAAAAUGGCAUUCCGUCUAUUUACGAAGGUGACUUGAAAAAUGAAGAACAGGUCCUCGAGUGGCUUGUCCAUCAGGUGGAGAGUGACGAGAUUGAGGAUGUCACCGAUGAGAUGCUGGACAUGUUGAUCAAGAGAUCCAAGCAUCUGGCCGUUCUCUUCUACGACAAAGACGAAAAAGCCAGCGUAGAUACUCUGGCUGAAUUAGAAAACAUUGACGAUGAAUGUGAUCAAAAGGGUAUUAUUUUCGUCAAGAUUGAUAAUGCAGAUGAAGCCAAAGAAUACGGCAUUGAUCACUUGCCUAGUUUGGUUUACUUCGAGAACAGCAUCCCGAGUCUAUUUAUCGGUGAUCUGAAGAACGAAGAAAGUGUGCUGGCCUGGCUAACGCACCAAGUGGAGAGCGACGAAAUCGAAGACGUCACCGACGAGAUGCUGGACAUGCUCAUCGAAAAGUCACCGAGUUUGGCUGCUUUCUUUUACGACAAGACUAAGCCCAAUCAUUUGGCCGUCCUAAAGGAGUUGGAGAACAUUGAUGACGAGUGCGAUAGCAACGAAAUUUCUUUUGUCAAGAUCAGCAACCUCGACGAGGCUAAAGAAUACGGACUUGAUGAAUUACCGGCACUUGUCUACUUUGAGAACAGGAUUCCCAGCGUCUACGAAGGGAAUUUGAGCGAGGAGGAGCAAGUAUUGACCUGGCUCAUUGAACAGAAAAAUAGCGACACCAUUGAAGAGUUGACCGACGAGCUCUUGGAGACCAUUAUCAAAACAAACGAAUACGUCGUCGUCUAUUUUAGCGGGCCGUGUGAGGAGGGACAGAAAUGCGAUUCAAUCCUCGACCAGUUGGAGGAAAUUGAUGACGAAGCCGACGAGCAUGGCAUUCACCUCGUCACCACUGAGGAGGUUGAACUGGCCAAGCGUUACGGCAUCAAAACUUUCCCGACUCUCGCUUUCUUCCGCAAUCAAGAUCCUCUAAUCUACAAAGGUGAAAUUGGUGAUGAAAAGAAAGUAUUGGCCUGGUUUACCGACCAAGGCAAUUUGGAAUUGGCGGACCAAAUCGAGGAAGUCAACGAGAAGAUGCUAAAAAAACUGAUUGGUUCAUCAGCUCACGUCGUCGCAUUCUUUUAUGAAGAGAAAAACAAAGAAGCAGUGGCCAUCCUGAAGGAAUUGGAAAAUAUCGACGAUGAAUGCGACGCUCUCAACGUCGAUUUCGUGAAAAUCUCCGACCCUGGCGUGGCGCCGGCAUUCAAACUCACAACUUUGCCCGCCUUGGUAUACUUCCGGCGCUCGGUGCCCAUCCGUUUCGAAGGAGAUUUAACGGAUGAGGAAGGCGUUCUGAGCUGGGUCACGACCACCAAAGAGCAGGACGUGGAUGUUAUCGAGGAAGUGGAUGUUGCCACCUUGGAGAAAAUGCUCCACGAUCAUGUCAAUGUCGUCGUUUACUUUUAUCCCAAGGGCUGCGGUAAAUCCUGUGAAGUGGCACUCAACCGUCUUGAGAACAUUGACGACGACGCUGAGCGCCAUGGAAUCCAAUUUGUCAAAUCAACGGCAGUGAAAACGGCAAGCCGGCUCGGCAUCGACCCACUGCCCGCGCUGGUCUACUUCGAGGAUGGCCAGCCGGUCAGAUACAACGGUGAUCCGAGUGAGGAGGCCGACGCUCUGGAUUGGCUGAUUUCCCGUCAAAGCCGCAAGCAAACCGGAGGGAGGCGGUGCCAAACGGUGGGAAUGGAGGACCCCAAUCAGCCGGGAAAACUGCGGAAAUUCGAAUGCUGCCCGGUGAAAUCUUCCAAUAAGAAGUCGAAGCAGAAUCUAGUCAAAGGGGUGGCUUUCAUCGGCGAUGAAGACGAUUACGACUGCGAUGACUACGUGCAAAACGACGAUUUCCUCGACGACGAUGACCAAAACGACGACGACGACGAUGACGACGAUGACAAUGACGACUUACCACCGCACCCAUCCCAACCCGAUCCCGACCAGCACGACCACUCCGCUAGUACACCAUCGCCACAGCACGCUCAGUCAUACGAUUACGUUUCUGAUGAUGAGUUUGUCACUGAUGCAGAGGAAGUCUUUGAAGAGGACAACGUGCUCGACUGGAUUCUGGAGAUGCAUCACGGCAACACCAUGAAGAACGUUUCGCGCCAAUCGCUGAUGAGCAUGGUUGAAAACUAUGACUAUUUAGCCGUUGUCUUCUAUUCCGUCGGCGAAGAGGAAAGCGAAAGAGUCUUGCGUCGUCUGGAACUCAUCGACAUGGAAGUUCAAGAAUACGGAACUUUGCUCGUCAAGUGUGACGACUAUCUCAUGUCGAAGAAAUAUGGCCAUCGUUCUACUCCGGGUCUAGUCUUUUUCCGGCACGGAAAGAUCCUCCAUUUCGAAGGAGACCUAAUGGACGAAGAAGAAGUUCUUGACUGGUUGACCGAUCCGGAAAAUAUGGAGUCGAUGGAUCGCAUCGAACGUGUCAAUCGAAAAAUGUUUCACCGAAUUCUUCAGCGCUCCGACUUUUUGGCGGCCUUUUUCUAUAGCGACGUGGAUUGCAAACAAUGCGACAAGGUGCUAGAAGAACUGGAACACAUUGACGACGAAGCCGAUUCGGCCGGCAUCGAUUUCGUGAAAAUCGACGACAAGGAUUUCGCCCGACAAAUGGGCGUCUUCGCUUUGCCGGCGGUCGUCUUCUUCCGGCACGGUCAUUUGGAUCCCGUCAUUUACGCCGGCGACCUCAAGAACGAAGAACGUCUUUUGGAGUGGCUUCUCAUCCAGAAAGAUCCGACCAGCGACAUGAUCGAGGAAUACGAAGAUGAAGCCCUGGUGGAAGUCAUCCGCAAGCAGGAGUUUGUCGCCGUUUACUUUUAUAGCAAGCAAGAAUGUGAGCAAUGUGCCGUCAUUUUGGACGAACUGGAGAAUAUCGACGAUGACACAGAUCGCCAUGGUAUCAGUUUCAUCAAGACUCAAGACCUUAACAUCGCCACCAACUUUGGAGUGCACUCAUUUCCGGCGGUGAUCUACUUCGAGAACCAAGUGCCCAGCAUUUACGAAGGAGAAUUAACUUCGGAAGAUGUUCUUCAAUGGCUCAUCCAGCAAAAGACGGAAGACCGCAUCGAAACAGUGACCAGAAGCAUGCUCGAAAGCCUCCUAGUCAACGUCCAGUAUCUCGCCGUUUAUUUCUACAAGCCCAAUUGCAAAGCCUGUGACCAGGUCCUCGUGGAACUGGAAAACAUUGAUGACGAAUGUGAUCUAUUCGGCAUUCAAAUGGUGAAAAUUCAGGACCCGCAGUUGGCUAAGCGCUACGGUAUCAAGACCUUCCCGGCUUUGGUUUACUUCCGCAAUGGAAAUCCACUCCUCUACGACGGAGACUUAAAGAACGAGGAUUCGGUGUUGGAGUGGCUGUCGGAUGACGAGAAUCGAGAACUGGCCGACGAAAUCGAGGCCGUCAACAGCCGCAUGCUGGAACGGCUCCUCGACGAAUCGCCUUUUCUAGCCGUCUUCUUUUCAGGUCAUUCAUGUUUCCCUUGUUCCAGUGCCUUAAACAACGCGUGCUUAGUCUUAGGUCUCUUAGCGGCUAGAAGUUCCCAGUAUAAGAAUGAGGAAGACGACAAUGAUUGUUCUGAAUGCAAUUCCGUCUUGACCGAAUUGGAGAACAUUGACGACGAAGCAGAUAAAUUUGGUAUUGACUUCGUCAAGAUCAACGACGAGGAGACGGCAAAGAAGUUUGGAAUAGUCCACACCCCGGCCUUGGUUUAUUUCCGCAAGCGGACACCCAUGAUCUAUGACGGUGAUCUGCUGGACGAGCAGCGUGUCCUGGGUUGGCUAACUUCGCAGGACGUCUUCGAGAUUAAGGACGAGAUUGAAGAGGUCAACCGUAAGAUGCUGGAUAAAUUGCUGGACGAAAAUGAAUUCGUCUCCGUCUACUUUUAUGAGAACAAUUGCCCAAAGUGCCAGGAGGUGCUGCAAGAGCUGGAGAACAUCGAUGCCGAGACGGACAACUUGGACAUCACUUUCGUCAAGAUUCGCGACACCCGCUACGCCCGCAAGUACGGCGUCACCAAGUUCCCCGCCAUGGUCUACUUCCGGCGUCGUUUCCCGUCCAUCUACCGAGGCGAUCUGAUGGCCGAGGAGGAGGUGCUCGAGUGGCUUCAAAAGAACCGCUUCAAGCAACCAGAGCUCAAUCUAUUCAUGUACGCCCUUGGCGGCAUCACGUCGGGAUUUGUCUUCUACACCAUUUUCCUUCUCUUCUGCUUCAAAGGACCCCAUCAAAAGACUGCCUAAACAAAUCACUGCCCCGUAACUCCGCGUGCGUUAAAUCCAUUUCAAUUGCCCUUCUAAAAAAAACAGGAACACAAAGUCGAUGCGUUGGAUUGUUUACCCGAAGAGAAAAGAGUCGAUACGCAUGUCCCAUAUAUCCCUUCGUCUCUCUCUCAUACUUUGCCCCCUGAAAAAAAGAACGACUGAAAUUUGAUCCCCUUGAAUUCAAAAUAUCACCGCGAAAUUCACGAAGUGAAAAAAGAUGGAAACAAAUACUUUUUGUUCAUAUUACUAGAUAAAUGACAAACUCAUUGACGUAUUCAUGUUUUUUGGGGUUCUUUUUUUCUGGCCGCAAUUUUUGUUUUUUUUUUCUUCGUUGAUAAUCUGCUGCUACUGUGUGUUAGCCUUGUGCUGACGGCAGAUCAAGGAGAAUGGGGGAAAACACGACGCAGAGUGUGACUAAUAAUUUGUGUAAGGGUAAUUGUUCUCUUGUCUCCUUUUGACUUGAACUGGCUUCUUCCUGCUUCAAAAGUUUUCAAAUCCAUUAUCGAAAAGGAUUUGAGACCAGAAAAGAUGCCGAACAAGAAUCUAAAAAUAUUCACGACAAAAUAAUAAUAAUAAAAAAAAAGAGAUAACAACAGGGCUGUACAGUCACGUUUUACCGCAGUGCCAAUAACAAGUUUUUGUCUGCUUCCUCUUCUAAUUUGAAAAGAAAAAAAAACGCAUUCUACAAACUCUUGUGUUAACUUUUACGAUUCUUUGUUCCCCCCUCUCUCAAACAUUUUUGACCUUAUACUGCCAUCGCGUGAUUCUUCGUUUUUACUGACGUCGCACACUAACAUGAAAUGGAUUGGCCCUGAUUAUUGAUUCUUUUUCUGGUUUCCAAACUCUUUUACUUCCUCUCUCCUGUCGCACUUCCCUUUUGUGUUUGAUGGGGCAAAUAGUUUUGUGGGUUUUAUCAUUGUCCUCUUUAACUUCUAUGCGCCCGUCUCUCUCCUAGCCCAAUCUUAUAUCUUUAAACUAUACUUCAUCUUCUCUCGAUUCAUUGCCAGUAUAAAGUUGUGCCUUUUUUUGCUGUGAGUCAGGUGAGAUCAAUUACACACGAAAUGUCACACGUCCA